AGCGGUGGUUUUAAUCAGGUUUGCAUUGUAAAAGUAAUUGGUGGUAUGGAACGGAGUGGAGAUGACCGCUGGCUCAUGCGCUGAACUGUCGGUUUAUUUGAUUUUUGGGUCCUUUUAUUUUGGGCCUACCAUAUUCUAGUUCCGGAGGGUUCUUUCCUGGAUUUGGAGUUAGCAGAAAUGAGAAAUGUACAAGGGGGUUUGUCAUCUGACUGAAAGAGCUCAACAAGACGGCAUUGUUCAAUUUCUUUCUCAGUUGGUGGGAAAAAAAUGUGUGAGUUGACUCUAUCCUGGUGUAGUACAUUGUCCUGGUUAAGGUUGUUGACACCCUUUUCAGAAGGUGGAAGCAAAUUUCUGUUUUAACCUAAAUAGACGUUACAACUUGAAUUUGAACUUGUCCAAACUGAGGUUUGGAUAUUUAUCAAAGGAAGCAACACACCUAUUUGUUGCUCUACAGCAAAGCCCGUUACAACAUUAUAAACCUCCGUCUACAGCCUUUUUGGACUUUCUGGUUUUGGACUUUGUUUGGGAACCACCACCAUGCCUGUAAUUGUACUGGAGGCCAGUGAUCUGACCAGCCCUUUGUCGCUGGUGCGUAUGUGGGCUCUCCUGUCCGGUUGCCUUACCCUCAGCCUGGUAGCCUCCCUGGUUCCCUCGGAGCUGAUCUCUGACACCCACCAGCCCUCCUUCAGGAUCCUCUGCAUGUUCACCUGGUGCCUCUUCUUCAUCCUCACCCUCCUAAUCCACGUGGUCAACAUCAUCCAGUUCCACAGCCUGGUCCCCAUCUCCUGGAAGAACCUGACAGUGACCGUGGCGGCUCUCGCCACCCUCAUGACCCUCAGUGCCACAGUCACCUUCCCCUGGGCGGUCAUGUGUCAUGAAGGUGCCUGGCCCCGUCCUAUCGCCGCCUCCUUGGCGUCGUGUCUCACCUUCCUGGCCUAUGGAACCGAGGCCUAUCUCAUCCGCAACCAGACCCAGGACCAGAAGGGCUACAUGGCCAGCGUGCCCGGCCUGCUCAAGGUGCUCCAGCUCUGGGGAGGAUGUGAGAUGAUCGUCCUGGUGGUGGAGCAGGUCCGUGGACCUUUGGUAAAUGUAGGGUUGGCAGCUGUGGGUUGGCAGCUAUGGGUGUCUGGGGCGUGGUAUGCCAUCUGUAUCCUAAUGUCCCUGGGUACAGUGAUGGUGGUUCUAGGGGACUGUGCUGGGCGAUGCCCCCUGCCCUUUGACCGCCUGCUGGCCGGCUUCAGUCUGACAGGGGUGCUUCUCUAUGUGGUCGCCACCAUACUGUGUUUUACCAGAGUCCUGGAGCUACGGAAACGCGACCAAGACCUGACAGACAGGAAAACUGGGCCCACCCUUGUUGUCAUGGAAGCGGUGAUGGCCAGCAUUACUCUGCUAGCUUACACAGUGGACCUGGCCUUCUCUAUCAAACUGCUGCGGGAUAGGAGUAAUGCCUGAAGAAGACACACCUGGAUAGUUGACCUUCAGAACACAUAACAUGUACAUUAUGGAUAUUAACGUAGUCAUAGUUAAUUAUAGGGGAAGGGGACACAUUUCCAAAGUCCAUGACAUAUUAACUUCUGUUGAUGUCAAUUGUAUUUUGAUUCUAAUUAGGGGCACUGGAGCCUUGAAAAAUGAAAAACAAAUGUCAUAGAUAUUUUCAUGGACGUUAUCAUGUGCACAGUGUUGGGAAGUAGGUCCAGGACAUGUAAUUCCACUAGUAAUUCAACUACAUUUUUCAGUAGCUUGGUGGUAGUUUAACUAAAUUCAAGUCUUUGUCGUGUUUUCAGUAGUCAGUGACUUGUUUGCCAUGUAGUGGUGUAGCUAUUAAUAAAACUUGGUGGUUCCACCAAUUCGGUGCCUUUUGAGAUUGUUUCACUUGGUGAAAAAAAACCUGUUUGAUUUCAACAAAUUGUAACAUUCUGUCAUAAAGAGCACAUGUUCAACUUAAUAAAAAACAAGUUUUCCUAUCUGAAAAGGUUAAACAAAUAGGAACGAUUAUAGUAAGUGCCUAUUAAGUGCCAACUGAAGUAACAGGGUUGACAGUAGCAGGGUUAAUUUCAUCUUAAAUCAGCCAUGAAUCCCAUUG